CUACAUUUUGCGAACCGUCGUCAAAUAGAAGAAGAAGAAGACAAGCUAUGAAUCAUGGGAAUUGUAGUUCAAGUAAUGUCAUGUCUCUGCGCAUUCAGCAGAAGCUACACAGACCUCUCCUGUAAUUUCCAUCCCAGCAUGCGCAACUGAUGAACACAUAUGGCGGAGAGCUAUGACUGAGGAUUUUGAUGAAGAAGUUGUGUUCGAGAACUCUCCGCUGUUCCAGUACUUGCAGGAUCUAGGACACACAGAUUUUGAGGCAUGUUCUCCCGUUUCUCAGGAGGAGGAGUCCGGCGCUGGUGGAGAGGAGGCACCGUUUCCUCAGGAUAUCCCCCCGUCUCACAAAAAGGGUGGUGUUUGGAGGCUGGUUGAUGCCCUGCGCAGUCUGAGUCCUCUGCAUCGAGACAGCGCCACCCGUUGGCAGGAGCAGCAGCUGGACGCUGCCUUCCGCCAGUAUUCUCUGCGCUGUCUGUUGUCUCAGGAUGUGCUGUUGCAGGAGGACAUCGAGCUGAUCGAGCUCCUGGAUCCGAGUGUGCUCUCUCUGGGCUCCACUGAUACUGUCUGCCCCAGUGCCAGCACUGCCGUCCCAGCGCCAUGCUACCUCUCGCCUCCCUCUCUAUGGGAUGUGUCCGUUUUGGUCGGGCUGCUAGCCGUCCUGCUGGGCCUGCGCUUUUCGUACCCUGACCACGAGCUGGCUCUGUGGUUGUGUGCCAUCCUGGUGUGUGUUAUGUGUGCCUGUCGCGGCCUGUCUCUAUGGCACAAGGCGGUUCUUCAGCGCCGCGUCCAGUCUCUGGCCGUCCAGCUGGAGGGUUUGGUGAACAACAGCCGAGCGCUGACCAGUCUCUCUCGCAAAUCUCUGCGUCUCAUGCAGGAGACGGAGGUCAUCUCACGAGGAUUCACACUAGCUGUCUCUUUCUCACCCCUCCAGAACUCUCCGCUGUUCCAGUACUUGCAGGAUCUAGGACACACAGAUUUUGAGGCAUGUUCUCCCGUUUCUCAGGAGGAGGAGUCCGGCGCUGGUGGAGAGGAGGCACCGUUUCCUCAGGAUAUCCCCCCGUCUCACAAAAAGGGUGGUGUUUGGAGGCUGGUUGAUGCCCUGCGCAGUCUGAGUCCUCUGCAUCGAGACAGCGCCACCCGUUGGCAGGAGCAGCAGCUGGACGCUGCCUUCCGCCAGUAUUCUCUGCGCUGUCUGUUGUCUCAGGAUGUGCUGUUGCAGGAGGACAUCGAGCUGAUCGAGCUCCUGGAUCCGAGUGUGCUCUCUCUGGGCUCCACUGAUACUGUCUGCCCCAGUGCCAGCACUGCCGUCCCAGCGCCAUGCUACCUCUCGCCUCCCUCUCUAUGGGAUGUGUCCGUUUUGGUCGGGCUGCUAGCCGUCCUGCUGGGCCUGCGCUUUUCGUACCCUGACCACGAGCUGGCUCUGUGGUUGUGUGCCAUCCUGGUGUGUGUUAUGUGUGCCUGUCGCGGCCUGUCUCUAUGGCACAAGGCGGUUCUUCAGCGCCGCGUCCAGUCUCUGGCCGUCCAGCUGGAGGGUUUGGUGAACAACAGCCGAGCGCUGACCAGUCUCUCUCGCAAAUCUCUGCGUCUCAUGCAGGAGACGGAGGUCAUCUCACGAGGAUUCACACUGGUGAGUGGCGCCUGUCCCUUCAACAGGGCGGGGCAUCUUCGGAGUCAGCAGCUGAUUGGUCUACGGAAAGCAGCCUAUCAGAGUCUUCGCUGCGCGUUCCGAGCCUCCCGCCUCGCCACGUGCAUUAUGCUCAAAUCAUUUCCACUGAACUCAGAGAUUGACAAUGUCACGAACUACGUGUCCACCGUGCCAAUCAGAGAGCUCGGUCUCGGUCUGGGGGUGGAGCAUCUUUCUGAUGAGCAAGCACAAGAACUGACCAAUGAUUUCAGCCUUCCUGCACUCAAGACGUUGUUCCAGCUGUGGGUCGGGCAGAGCUCCGAGUUUUUCCGGCGAUUGGCUCUGCUGCUGUCUCCGGGGAGGGAGGAGCUAGACUCCAGGCCCCGCCCCCUCACAUACAGCAGCGUCCCUUUGAUCACUGACUCCCUCCAUCACACCCUAGCCAGUUGCCUUGGUGAUCUGCAGCGCAGCUUCGAUUUCCACCGCUACUUCGAGACGCAGCACCAGUCGCUCCCCGCGGGAAGAAACGGACGGGCUCAACAGAAGUGUAGAGAGCUCAACUCUCUGCACACGUCUGUCCGCAGUUUACAACUUCACCUGAAAACACUCCUAAACGAGGUCAUAAUUCUGGAGGACGAUUUGGAAAAGUUAAUGGUUGCGAAAGAGACGGAGGAGAUGACGUGUGCGGGAUAUCAGGAGCUGAGAGAGCGUCUGCAGCUGCUGCAGCCACACAUGCAGGCCAGCACCUGCUGCUGGGACGACACACUCGCGCAGGUCGACCGCAUGCUACGACGGGUCUCCAGCCCCCCAGAGAGUUCGGAUCGGCCAGAGGAAACGGAUGCCCCAGAUCUCCCUCCUGCCGCCCCUAUUACACACAUACAGGACAGAGACCCUGUCCCUGAGGAACAGGAACUGGAAGCCUACGUGUCGGACUCGGACUCUGAGACGGAGUGGAGAGGGGCCGUGGACAUGCUGUCGCCAUGGGAACAGGAACGCCAACGUCAUGAACGCGAGGAGUCGAGACGCGUUUUACUCGAGCUGAAAUCCGUCCUGGGAAUCCGAACGUCAGACGGAGAGAGAGACAAGCGCAAGCUUCUGCUGUUCAGUGAUCAGGCUGCUCUGGCUCCGUUUGCUAAGGACACAUCAGAAACGGACACGAACUCUUUAGAGCCGCAUGUUUCAGUGGAGUCCAUGACCACCACAGGCAACCACGUGUCCCGACAAGGAGAGGAGGAUGAAAGCGAGCCGCGGACUGAAAUCCUGAGUGGGGCGGAAGAUUCUGUGACUGAGUUUUGCUGUGGAGAUUCUGAUGUAACCGGGGCAGCUAAAGACGCCAGUGAAGAGACCGCAGAGGAAACGCAUCUCUUCCAAUCAGACGGACUCGUAGACGACGAGCAUGACGGGACACACCCACUCACACCCCGAGUGCCCACCCUCUCUGUGAUCGACAGAUUGACUGAACUGCAUGGCUCGCAAGCGAUCAGUUUCAGCUCCGCACUGGCCGCCCAAGUAGCAGCUCGCUCGCAUACGUUCACACACAUGCAGGAAUGCACCUACGGGGACUCGGAGGAGGAAGGGGAAGUGACAUCACAGCAGACGAGAGAAAGCGAGGAGGACUGAACAAGGAGGAUAUUUAUUGUCAUCUUUUUGUUCGUAUUUAUUGAGCUUGAUUUCAGGACACAGACAUCAUUGGAUGUAACUGGUGUGUGUGCGUUUCUGUUUUAGAGUGUGUGUGUGUUGAGGAUUUUAUGUUCCAUGUGUUCCACUCUCCUCAUGACAGGCCUCAGGUACAGACUGGCACACGCUAGUACUCAAAAUAACAGAAUCAAAACUUAAACACAACUACAUGUCCUUGGUCGUCCCAGUUUUAUUCACACAAAAUAAAGAAUUUAAGUUCUUAAAAUGC